GGGGUCAGGGCUGCGCCUGCGCGAGGCUUUGGAGGCGAGACCCGGCGGGCGGUGCCACGGGCCUCGAAAAGCGGGCGCUGGCUUUUGAUACGGAGUGGCUGCCGCGGCUCGGGCUGCCUAGGCUGUGGGUGUCUGACCCCGACCGCAGUCGGCGUUGAGGGGGCGUGCCUCUGGAUCGAGCUAUGGUGGAAGAUGUUUCGGAAAGGGAAGAAGCGACACAGCAGUAGCAGCUCCCAGAGUAGUGAAAUCAGUACUAAGAGCAAGUCUGUAGACUCCAGCCUUGGGGGGCUCUCGCGAUCCAGCACCGUGGCGAGCCUCGAUACCGAUUCCACCAAGAGCUCAGGACAAAGCAACAGUAAUUCAGACACCUGUGCAGAAUUUCGAAUAAAAUACGUUGGUGCCAUUGAGAAACUGAAACUCUCCGAGGGAAAAAGUCUCGAAGGGCCACUAGACCUGAUAAAUUAUAUAGAUGUCGCCCAGCAAGAUGGAAAGUUGCCUUUUGUUCCUCUGGAGGAAGAAUUUAUUAUGGGAGUUUCCAAGUAUGGCAUAAAAGUAUCCACGUCAGAUCAGUAUGAUGUUUUGCAUCGGCAUGCUCUAUAUUUAAUCAUCCGGAUGGUGUGUUAUGAUGAUGGUCUGGGGGCAGGAAAAAGCUUAUUGGCUCUGAAGACCACAGAUGCGAGCAACGAAGAAUACAACCUGUGGGUUUACCAGUGCCACAGCCUGGAACAAGCACAAGCAAUCUGCAAAGUUUUAUCCACUGCAUUUGACUCUGUGUUGACAUCUGAGAAACCCUGAAUUCUGCAGUCAGUCAAGGGGAAGCAGACUUCACGUGCAAGUUCCGCUGUUUUCUCAAUAGUUCUGUUUUCACUCUGCGGUGGUGUUGAACUAUUCUGGAAACAUGAGCGAUCCUUGGCUCUGGAUUUUCUGAAGAAACGCAAUGUAUAAAAUACCAGUCGUUUGUUUUUCUAUUAAAAUGUAUCUUAUUUAACAGUGA